AUGAUUAACAAUUUUGUCACCGAAAAGCUUAUUAUUAAUUCAUUUUUGGCGGUCAAAUACAGGAAGAGUAGUGGUUUUUCGAGGGGUGCUUCCAUGUAUCGUGGAGUUACAAGGCAUCACCAGCAUGGAAGAUGGCAAGCAAGGAUUGGAAGAGUUGCAGGAAACAAAGAUCUCUACUUGGGAACUUUCAGUACGGAGGAGGAAGCUGCAGAAGCAUAUGACAUUGCGGCGAUAAAGUUCAGAGGCUUGAACGCAGUCACCAAUUUUGACGUGAAUCGUUACGAUGUAAAAGCCAUACUCGAAAGCAACACUCUACCGAUCGGAGAAGGCGCAGCGAAACGAUUAAAAGAGGCUCAAGCUCUUGAAUCUUCAAGAAGUCGUGAAGAAAUGAUCGCUCUCGGUUCAACUUUCCAAUAUGGAAGCUCCAGCAGGUUACAGGCGUAUCCAUUAAUGCAAACACCAUUUGAUCAGAGUCCUCAGCCUUUACUAUCCUUGCAAAAUCAGGACAUUUCUCAGUACACUCAGGACCCUUCGUUUCACCAAAGUUACAUUCAAACCCAGCUAUGUCAGAACAUUGGGGACGAUCACAACGUGUUGGAUAGAUUAGCCCAAUCGAGUGUGGUUACUUUUAGUGGUAUGCUUGCGGUUUAUGCACGACAAGAGCGUGUGGAUGUUGCGAAAAAAAUCUUUAACGAGAUGGUUUGUUUAAGAGUGGAACCUGGUGUGUUGUCUUGGAACGGUAUGAUUGGAGGCUUUAAUCAUAGUGGACAUUAUGAAGAGGUGGUUAUUUUGUUUCAAAGGAUGCAUUUUGAAGGAUUUACACCCGAAGAGCAUAGUGUUUCUAGUGUUCUUUCUGCUGUGGGUGCCUUGGAGGAUAACAAACUUGGGAUUUAG